GUCACUCAUAGCACAGUACCACUGAGACUCUGACGGGGAGGACGCAAGCAUCAUGAGUCUAACCAGGAUGCAACUGGAAUGGGUGAUCCCGUGGUUCACCCUCUGCCUCGGACUGUCUGGAGCCUCCUUUGUUAUGACUACACCUUCAAGCACUAUAAUGCCAGUACUGACAGAGAUGAAAUCCUCCCACAACCAGUUCUGCAGCACAUGGGGAAACUACCACUACAAGACGUAUGAUGGCGAUUUCUUCCAGCUUCCAUUCACUUGCAACUAUCUCCUCACGUCACAUUGCAAAAGCGAUUAUGAGACCUUCAAUAUUCAGCUGCAGCGUGAGGAGAUAAAUGGAGUCACUAGCAUUAAGAAGGUCUCUAUGAAGCUUGAUGGAGUCGUGGUGGAAUUAACCAACACUUCCAUCAUAGUCAAUGACAAACGUGUCACCAUACCCUACAUCAGAGCUGGCAUUUCAAUCAAAAGAUCUGGCUCAUACGUCAAAAUGGAGGCCAAGCUGGGAAUGGAUAUCAUGUGGAAUCAAGAGGACACGUUGUGGGUUGAGCUGGAUUCAAAGUUCAAGAAUCAGACUUGUGGUCUGUGCGGUGACUAUAAUGGAGCCCAGAUUUUUAAUGAAUUCCAGACACCUGAUAUGGAGAGCUCCAUAAGUAUUGAAGAUUAUGGAGAGCUCUCAAAGAUCAAUGGUCCAACUGAAAGCUGUCAAGAAAUCUCUCCAGUUGAACAGAUCUGUUCAAAUGAGACUGAGAUCUGUAAGAACCUGCUGUCAGAACCUGCGUUUCUCAGCUGUCAGAACCUGAUUGACACUGACUCCUUCAUCAAAGCCUGUGCGAUGGACCUGUGCAGCUGCAGCAACAGCAGCUCCUCCUGCCUGUGUUCCACCAUCUCAGAGUUCUCCCGUCAGUGUGCACACGCAGGCGGACGGCCACAGAAAUGGACGACCAACAAACUGUGUGAAAAAUCAUGUCCACUCAACCUGGAGUAUUCUGAAUGUGGGAACCCUUGUACUGACACCUGCAGCAAUCAACACAGAAAGGAACUGUGUACGGAACACUGCAUAGAUGGAUGCUUUUGUCCCUCUGGUACUCUCCUUGAUGACGUCACACACAGCGGCUGUGUUGCUGUUGAACAGUGCCCCUGCCUGCACAACGGCCAGUCAUACCAACCUGGGGAUUCUUACUCAAGCACUUGUCACAAAUGCACAUGUUCUCAGGGUCAGUGGAGCUGUUUAGAUGUAGACUGUCCUGGUGUCUGCUCCAUUGUUGGAGGCUCUCACAUCAACACCUAUGAUGCGAAAACCUAUACGUUCCAUGGAGAUUGUUCUUAUGUUCUAACCAAGGGACCUAAUGGGACUUUUACUGUUCAUGGUGACCUGGAAAGAUGUGAGAAAUCUGAGAAAUCCACGUGUCUGUCUGCUGUCACACUGUCACUGCCAAAUGAAAUGAUUUUUGUGGUUAAAGAAAGUGGACAGGUCCUCUUCAACUCAUUGAUUUCUCAACUUCCGCUCUACAGGAAUGACUUCACAGCGUUCAGCCCAUCAACUUUCUUUAUUGUAAUCCACACCAUAUAUGGGGUUGACCUUGAGAUCCAGAUCAUCCCAUACAUGCAGGUCUACAUCAAAGCCAGUGUUUCCAAUAAAGGACAACUCACAGGCCUUUGUGGAGAUUUUAAUGAUGUUGAAGUUGAUGACUUUAAAAACACAAAUGGUUUGAUUGAGGGAACUGCUGAAUCAUUUGCUAACACGUGGAAAAGCAGAACAAACUGCCCUGAUGUGACUAAUACACUUGGAGACCCAUGCACAAUCAACAUACAGAAAGAGAAAUAUGCAAAUCACUGGUGCUCCUUGUUGACAGACUCAAAUGAGAUUUUUGCCCAGUGUCAUUCUGAAAUCAGCCCUAAAGUCUAUCACACUAAUUGUAUUUACGACAGCUGUGCCUGUGAUAACAGUGAGGAGUGUAUGUGUGCUGCCUUAUCCUCCUAUGUCCAUGCGUGUGCGGCUGCAGGCGUCUUUCUUAAUGGCUGGAGAGACACAGCAUGUGGAAAAUACAUAGAUGACUGCCCUGCUACGUUUGUGUAUGACUACCAGAUGACAAGCUGUGGUCGCACCUGUCGUUCUCUUACUCAGUCAGAAUUAACAUGCGACAUUGACUUUACUCCACUUGAUGGCUGCGGCUGUGCUGAAGGAACGUACCUCGAUGACAAGGGAGAGUGUGUGACAGCGUCACAAUGCCCCUGUCAAAUGGGAGAAACUGUGGUACAAGCUGGAAAUGUCAUCAAAGUUAAUGGACAAACCUGCUCCUGUCAUGGUGGAAACCUCAUAUGUUCUGGAAGCUACUUAAAUGAAUCAUGCAGCGAGCCCAUGGUUUACUUCAACUGCUCCGGGGCAAAGCCAGGUGACAAAGGGUCAGAGUGCCAGAAAAGUUGCUCACUGGCCACAGAAUGUCUCAGCAAACAUUGCAUCUCAGGAUGUGUGUGUCCUGAUGGCCUUUUGUCAGACGGUAACGGAGGUUGUGUUGAGGAGGAGGACUGUCCCUGCACUUAUAAUGGAGAAUCGUAUAACGCUGGACAGUCUGUCACUGUGGGCUGCAACACAUGCACUUGCAAAGGCAGAAACUGGGCCUGUACAGAUAAUGAAUGUGAUGGUGUCUGCACCAUCUAUGGAGAAGGACAUUACACCACUUUUGAUCAAAGAACAUUCACCUUCAAUGGGAACUGUGUCUAUGUCGUUACUCAGGACUUCUGUGAUGAUGAUGAAGACGGCAGCUUCAGGGUCUUGAUUGAGAACGUCCCAUGUGGAACAACUGAGAGCAUCUGCUCCACAUCUAUCAAACUUUACUUAGGGAACAGUGAAAUUGUUCUUUCAGAGGAAAAUGUCAAAGUUAUAAAUCAGAGCAGAGGAGUGAACAUCCCCUUUCACGUCAACACCAUGGGGAUAUAUGUUGUCAUUGAGGCUCAGAAUGGUCUUGUUGUGAUCUGGAACAGGCUUACAACACUGAUAAUCAGACUACGGCCUGCGUUCCAGGGCAAAGUCUGUGGCCUCUGUGGGAAUUACGAUGGGAAUGUCAAGAACGAUUUCACCACAAGGAGCAAAGAAGUUGUGGUUGAUCCACUUGAGUUUGGAAACACCUGGAAAUUAUCAUCAACGUGUCCUAAUGCAGUGGCACUGCAGGAUCCAUGUAGCGUGUCCCCACACAGGCAGGCAUGGGCAGCCAAACACUGCAGUAUAAUCAACAGUGACGUGUUUGCUGCUUGUCAUUCAAAGGUGCCUCCCCAAAAAUACUAUGAUGCCUGUGUGGGAGAUACAUGUGGCUGCAACACAGGAGGAGACUGUGAGUGUUUCUGCACGGCUGUAGCCGUCUAUGCAGCAGUCUGUAAUGAGGCCGGGGCCUGUGUCAGAUGGAGGACUCCCACUGUUUGCCCCUUAUUCUGUGAUUAUUACAACCCUGAUGGGGAGUGUGAGUGGCACUAUGAGCCCUGUGGAAAGCCAUGCAUGAAAACAUGCAGGAAUCCUUCAGGAACCUGCUACAAUAAAAUUCCUGCACUAGAAGGUUGCUAUCCACGUUGUCCUCCAGAAAAAAAAUAUUUAGAAGAAGUUACCAUGAAGUGUGUGUCAAGGGAGCAAUGUGGCUGUUAUGAUGAGGACGGAAACCAUUAUAAUAUAGGGGAGCAAAUGCCUUCAAACCGAAGCUGUGAAACCUGUCACUGUUCUUCAGGAACAAAGAACUGCUUAGAAGACAAGGAUUACCCUGAAUAUGGAAAAGAUGGAGGCGAUCGUGAGCGUGUAGACAGUAUUACUGUCCCAGAUAUAGGCAGUUGCAAGAACAUUCUAAAUAUAGAAUGUAGAGCAACACAAUACAAGGAUUUACCUAUACAUGAAGUGGGACAAAACGUGACAUGCAGCCCAACAUAUGGAUUAAUUUGUAAUAACAAAGACCAACAAAAUCCCUCUAUCUGUUAUAACUAUGAAAUACGAGUCAAGUGUUGUAUUGACACCUGUCCUCCGGGCACAUCAACAACCACAGAAAUCGCCACCACCACAACAACCACAGAAAUCCCCACCACCACAACAACUACAGAAUCAACCACCACCACAACAACCACAGAAAGCCCCACCACCACAACAGCUACAGAAAUCCCCACCACCACAACAACCACAGAAAUCCCAACCACCACAACAACUACAGAAUCAACCACAACACCUACAACCACAGAAAGCCCCCCCACCACAACAACUACAGAAAUCGCCACCACCACAACAACCACAGAAAUCCCCACCACCACAACAACUACAGAAUCAACCACCACCACAACAACCACAGAAAGCCCCACCACCACAACAGCUACAGAAAUCCCCACCACCACAACAACCACAGAAAUCCCCACCACCACAACAACUACAGAAAGCCCCCCCACCACAACAACUACAGAAUCAACCGUGUACGUCAAUGGCAAGCAGGUGUUCCCAACCUACUCUAACCAGGACUUUACCAUCACCAGUACAAGUGCAAUUGAGAUGCUUUUGAAAAUCCCAGCAAUUGAAGCAAUUGUGUCAUUCAAAGGGAUUAUAUUCACUGUUGAAUUGCCAUAUUCUCUUUUCAAGAACAACACAGAAGGACAAUGUGGCACCUGUGACAAUAAUACAAGCAAUGACUGCAGAUUACCUAGUGGCCAGAUUCACCCUUCAUGCUCUGAGAUGGCAAACUCCUGGAAUGUAAAUGAUACGAACAAACCCUAUUGUGAGAAGCCACCAGCACCAGCACCAAGACCAACAAUACCAACAAAACCCACAACAACAUCAACAACACCACCACCAAUUUGUGAAGUUCUGCACAGCAAGGUGUUUGAAAACUGCACCAAAGUCAUUCCAGUGGAGAACUUUUAUAAGGCAUGUAUAUAUGACGUUACCCACAUGCCAAACUCCACCGUGGGCUGUUCCAGUGUGCAGGUGUAUGCCAAGUUAUGUGCUGAUGCCUCUAUCUGUGUAGACUGGAGGAGCGCCACAAAAGGAUUGUGUGAUUACAAAUGUCCAGCCAAUAAAGUCUACAAACCCUGUGGACCCACUUUUGAACCUACCUGUAAUGCAAGAUACAAUGACAAGUACGGGCAAGAGUGCCAGGGAGCUAACCACAGCAUGGCCUGUUCGUUCACUGAGGGAUGUUUCUGCCCAAAGGGGCUGACUUUGUUUGGUUCCAACUCUGACAUUUGUGUUUCUGCAUGCUGUGCUGGACCUGAUGGUUCUCCUAAAAAGUACGGCGAUACGUGGCAGAGUGGCUGUCAGCAGUGUGACUGUAAUGAGAAUGCGAUGGGUGUCCGGUGUCAACCUCUCACAUGUCCCAUACAAGAUCCAGUUGUCUGUAAGGGAGACGGACAGGUUCUGGUGACUAGAACAGUGGGCUGUUGUAACCAGUCACAGUGUGAGUGUGAUACGCACCUCUGUCCAUCACCAAUACAAAAUUGCCAACUGGGAUUUAAAUUGGAGAAUCAAACGUCAAGUGACAGCUGCUGCCCCUCGUAUGGAUGUGUACCCAAGAAUGUCUGUGUCUUCAAUGAGACUGAGUACAGGCCUGGUGUGGAGUUCUUCCCAAACCCAUGUGACACCUGUCAAUGUAGUAAAACUCAGGAUCCUGAGACCAAGUUAAAUGUCCACACAUGUCAUUCUAAAGAGUGUUUGACUCUGUGUCCAAAGGGAUUUGUGUACCAAAAGCAGCCUGGACAAUGUUGUGGAUCGUGUAAACAGAUCAGCUGUGUUGCAGAGAUCCCAGGCUUCGAUACAGUCAUUAUUAAUUCCUCCCAGUCUUGGUCACCACCAAAUGACAAAUGCAGCACAUACAGCUGCAAGGAGGUCAAUGGUGUCUUCACAGUUCAAAAAGACAAAAUGAUCUGUCCUCCAUUCGAUCAAGAUAACUGCGUUCCUGGAACAGAACAAAGUGACACAAAUGGUUGUUGUAAGACCUGCACUCCUCGUUACAGCUGUAAGAUGAACACCAACACAACCUAUCUUGUCGUCGGCAGCUGCAGGUCAAUUGAGCCUGUGGACAUCAAAAGCUGUGAGGGAUCCUGUGAAUCAUCAUCAUCAACAAUGUACUCUGCAGAGAGCAACAGUUUGACGCACUCAUGCAAAUGCUGUCGAGAAAUGCUCACCAGUAACAAGACAGUGAAGCUACUGUGCACCGGUGGCAUCAAGAGAGAUCACACUUACAUUUCAGUGGACAAGUGUGGUUGCCAGGUUGCUAAAUGUUCUUCUGAGGAAGAGACAUAAAGGACUUAAGUUCACUAAUAUUUACUAAUGUCUCUUUUAACUGUACUCUUCAAUAAUGAAUGUCCUAAAGCAAUUACAAAAUCAGGACUCACUACUUGAACACACUCCUCUUUAAUUUUAACAGCAAAAUAAUGAAAAAUGCAUUUUACACAUAUUUUAUGCUCCUAUGAGUAAGAUGCUGUGGUCUAAGAACAUACUGUAUCAUGAGGAGGCUGAUUUCAGAUAUCAGCACAUGUGGGUUUCCUGACAUCUUUUUUAGCUUUAAAGAGAUAAUUUAAACAAAUUAAAGGUGAUGGAUAUUGAUACAAAUGUAUAUAAAUAAUAUACAUUCUACCUUAACAAUCAAUUGUUCAAUUUUCUUCAUUCUCUAAAUUUUUGGUGAUAUUAAAAAUUCUAAGUUCAUGCAUCAA